CGUCGGCAGGGGUGGCCGCUUUGCUCCGUAAUUUUCACAAUUUUCCGAUCGUGUGUGAACUUUUAGUGAUUGCAAAUUUUGCCUGUGAGAGUGUUUUGUUUUUUUAUAGUUUUGACAAAGGGAUGUUGUUUGCAGACUAAUCUAAAAUAAGUGUACAAACAUUCAUAGCGCGUCAACAGACAAUGUAGAACGUUAUGUCAAAAUGACAGCCCGCCAUUAAAUACAAGAUGGCGGCCAGUUUUGGCGGGAGAGUGGCGUGGCGCGCGCUACUGUUCGCGGUACUUCUGGACAAUGUAAUUUGUCAGGUUGGCUGGACUGAAACUAAUGAAGACUUGGUUGACUUUGUUCCAGUGUCGACCGUGGAGGUGGAAGCCGUAGUUGGCCGUACCGCGUCUCUGCCGUGCGACAUCGAGCCUGACUCCAAUGAGGAUCGAGUUUAUAUGGUGCUCUGGUUCCGGCAUUCUGGAGGGAAGCCGUUGUACAGUUUCGACGUCCGAGGCCGAAGUUUCAACAAAGCUCUCCACUGGUCUGAUCCCCUCGCUUUCGGAAGAAGGGCCUACUUCGUCACCAUGUCCAGACCCUCAGCCCUCACGGUGGAUGCUGUCCAGCUUGAUGAUGAAGGCGUCUACAGGUGUAGGGUCGACUUUAAGAACUCACCGACUAGGAAUUUCCAGAUUAAGCUUAAUGUUGUUGUACCUCCACAUCAGCUUCUGCUGUACGACGAAGCGGGUCGCGAUGUCGCCGGUGUGGUGGGUCCCUUAGAGGAGGGAGGCAACUUCACACUGCUCUGCGAAUUGAGAGGGGGUCGUCCCCAACCAACUCUAACCUGGCUGAUCAACAACCGGCAGAUAGACGACCACACAAUCCUCAAGAAUGACGGCAAGGUGAUCGUCAGCCGCAUCAGCAUCGGUGGCGCCGAGAGAAGCUGGCUGAACACCAGCAUCAGGUGUCAAGCUACUAACACUCCCUUGCUGAGUCCUCAUGAAAGAACUGCGAGAGUGGAGAUGCAUUUACGACCUACAUCAGUGAUGAUUACCAACAAGCCGGGACAGAUGUCAGCAGACUCGGAGAUCACAAUCAUCUGCGUGACCCACGGGAGCAGACCAGCGGCGCAAGUCACGUGGUUCAGAGAGAAUAGACGAUAUACCAGGGGGAAGCACAGCGAGUUCACCAAUGAGACCACGACUGUCAGCAAACUGACCAUGCUCCCUCAGCCAGAAGAUGAUGGAGCGAUGAUCAGGUGUCGAGCUGAUAAUCCGGUGUUGAGGAUCGCUCUUGAAGACGCCUUUAGAAUGAGUGUUGUUUACAGACCAGUGCUGACCAUGUCUCUGGGCAGCACCUUAAACCCUAACGACAUAAAGGAAGGAGAUGAUGUCUACUUCGAAUGCAACAUUAAAGCGAACCCUAAGGAACAUCGGAUCUCCUGGUACCAUAACGAUGUCCAAGUAAGCCAGAACAUGUCUUCAGGAGUGUUCAUCAGCACCAAGUCGCUAGUUCUGCAGAGGGUGACGAAGAGGGAUGGUGGACUGUAUACCUGCAGAGCAGCCAACCAAAUGGGAGAGUCCAGCAGUCAGGCUGUAUAUCUUAGAGUGCAAUACGCCCCAGUCUGCGCACAACCGUCACCGCUGCUGAUCGGAGCGCGACUGGACGAGCCGCUGCGCGUGCGCUGCACCGUGAACGCGGACCCCGCUGAUGUCACGUUCUACUGGCAGUUCAAUAACAGUGGGGAGAGCUUUCAGGUGUCACCUGCUAGAUAUGUGUCAACGGGUGGUACUUCAAGCGAGCUUCGGUACCGAGCCGCCAGCGAGCGCGACUACGGCGCGUUGCUAUGUCGAGCUACCAAUGCGGUGGGGCGACAGAAACGGCCCUGUGUCUUUCAGAUCGUUCCUGCUGCUCGUCCAUCCCCACCACGCAACUGCACCGCCAAACGCCUGCUACUCCGCAAUGAGCCCCACUUGUCCGUCAAAUGCGCCGCGGGGUACGACGGGGGACUGAAUCAACACUUCACGUUGGACGUGUUGGGGGAAAACAGCAAAGUCCUCGCCAAUACUACUGCUAAUUUUGUUGAUCUAAUAGUAUGGUUCAACAUCAGCUGGACAGCAGUGGAGUCUCUUGACGAAGAUGAAGACCUUGCAGUGACAGCUCGCAACAGCAAGGGCGCGUCAGAUCCUGUACUGCUGAGAGAUCUGGUCUUUAGAGAUGCGGAGAAGAGGGCAGAAAGCACAACUCGAGCGGAAACGAAGUUCCCAACGGCAGCUGCGUUCGCGGGACUCGCUGCUAUACUGACAGCCGCAGGCGCAAUCGCCGUGCUAGCUGUUAGAAAGAGAGGCGAAACAACUACCACCAGCAAGCGACCAUCACAAAGCGUGGUGCAGGUAGACGCUCAGGGGAGGCGGUUCCUCAUAGCCUACCCUGCGCCCGCAGACAAGCUGGAGACCAAGCCGGACAUAUUGAACCCUAAGGCUGAGAAUGAGCCUCCCCGCGUGGUGCUGGAGUCGAGUGACAACAAGAGCUACAGCAUCAGGGAGGCGACCAGCGAACCUCACAAGUCAGCGUACAGCCCACCUCCUACUGCAGAGAAUAUGAUACCAGAGAGAUAGCAUAUGGAUCAAAUCCAGAGUGAUAUGUAAAUAAAAUACCAAAGACUAUAAAAAAUUGUACAUUUAUUAAAUGAUGCCAACAACUAAUUGUUAGUUAAUAAGUUAAUGAUUAUAGAAUUUAUGAUAGACAAACUCUUCCAUAUCAAUUUAAUUAUUGUAAAUUAUAAAGAUUUUUUGUCUC